GUGCUGACGGCUGUGGCGCUGUGGUCUUGCUACGUGCUGACGUCAGUGGUGGACGGUCUAUGGCUGCGUGCUGACGUCAGUGGGGCGCCGGUCGGGCUGUGUGGUGACGUGAGUGGCUGGCGGGUCGGGCUGCGUGUUGAAGGUACCCGGCAGGGCUUCAGAGCGCACGGAACCGGACAGAGAUUACUGGGAAAAUGAAGAUCUGGACCUCGGAGCAUGUGUUUAACCACCCAUGGGAAACUGUGUUUAAAGCUGCCAUGCAAAAGUACCCAAAUCCCAUGAAUCCGUGUGUUGUAGGAGUGGAUGUAUUAGAUCGACAUAUUGAUGACCAAGGCAAGUUGCAUAGUCAGAGACUGCUCAGCACAGAAUGGGGGCUACCGUCUGUUGUCAAAUCACUCAUCGGUGCAUCAAGGACACGGACGUAUGUACAGGAACAUUCUGUCGUAGAUCCCGCGAAACGGACCAUGGAGCUUAGAUCCGCAAAUAUAACGUUAACAAAUCUAGUAUCGGUGGAUGAAAGAUUGGAAUAUAAACCCCACCCACAGGACCCAGAAAAAACAAUUCUUACCCAAGAAGCUAUAAUCAGUGUUAAAGGGGUCAGUCUAAGCAGCUACAUGGAAGGAAUAAUGGCAAACAGCAUCUCUGCUAAUGCAAAUAAAGGACGAGAAGCAAUGGAAUGGGUAAUUCGCAAGUUAAAUGCUGAAAUCGAAGAGUUGGCAGCAUCUGCAAGAGGAAGUAUCAAAAUGCCGAUGGCUGCAACUUCAGUGGAAUAACAGCUGAGAGUUGUUGAGAAAUAUGUUGCUCACCUCGGGCUGUUUAGCCGACUGCUUCCCACUGUGCAUUUAAUUUCCCUCGUUCACUAGAGCUGUUGAUCUAAGAAACGAAAAGCAGCUUGGACUUGUUUGGUUCCUGCUCUGUUUCAGUGGGACACCCCAUACAGCAGCGUGCUGAUUGCGAUUGUGUCCCAGCUGUGCAGUGAUGAUGUUUCCUGGAGGGUUUGUUUUGUGGAGAGAAUGUAUUAGAACUGUAUUAGCACAGAGGGAAGUACUGGGUAUUAAUAUUUAUUACUAGGUAUAUCAUAAUGUUGGCAAAAGAAUUGAGAGAUGGCAAAGACCAGUAAGUUAGCAAUGGAGGAGCUUGUGAUCUCAGUGUUUCAGAUGUUGUGGCCCACAUACCUGCAGAGGUUAAAGAUAAAGCUGUGUUUGUGUCACUCACUUGCAUUGAUCAGAAAGCAGUACCCUCCCUGGUGGAUCAAUUUGACAACACCUUGUAUAACUGAAGAAGACAGAUCCGGUUCAGUCCUUUGUCUGGACUCCAUAGCCAGGUGGCCAGUAGGUUUGCUGCAAUUAGUCUCAGCAAUGCUAGACCAGAAAAAUCAGCCAGGAUUCCCAUUCCUGCUUGCUUUCCAGUAGCUCCUGUUAGAAAACAUGAGACUGGAUCAGCUGUGGCACCCAACAACCUACUGAUGCUUAUUGUCUUGUCUUUGCAACUUGUGACCUACCAUGUGGAUGAGGCACUGGAGAGUGGCAAAAUCCUUUUGAUCUUUAACCCAGCAGGACUCAGCACCUAGCAACUUUGAGCAGAGGUUGAGGUACAGGACACUCAAAUAUUUCACCUGCAAUUUGGACAAGCUCUUGUGAUUUAGACUUAAUGGAAAUAAGGGAUUAACAUGGGGUUUUCUGGCAUAAUUGUACUGUUAAAUUCAAAGUGAUCAAAACUUGGAAAAUAUUGUUGUUUUGGCCUCCCACACCUAACAGCCCAACUGUUAGUUCCAAAUAGCAAGUAUCAUGGCAUGAGUGUUUAAAAUUGCGGUAUUAAAGUAAGGAAGUUAAACAUUUGGAACUUAUAUGUAGUUCUCUGUCAUUCUGUGCAACAUUCUUCAAUAAAUGGGCCUCUGACAUAGUAAGCAAUAUCAUAUGGAGCUUCUAAGUUUAGCAAUGAAGUCUUCAGGUCAAGAGCAAGUUUGUAUCAUAAAACCAAGGGUAUUGUCGUAAUCUCAAAAAAGACUUUAUAGUUAUGGUUUUGUAUGAAAAGUUCCUGUGAAUCUCUGGGUAACCAGGUUUUGGUAAUCUUUGUCUCAUUAGUGUUUACAAUUUAACUUGGAGAGAAUUAUACCACAUAGCUGCCAUAGAUUUUCUACAUUGAAGUGUUGACAUUCCUAACACACUGAAACGUUAGUGAAGAUUUCCUGUAUGUUGUGGUACUUUGAUCUAGUGCUUUUUAAAAGAGACACUUGCUCGUUAAUUAUUUUUCAUCUUAACAGGAACAUCGUCUGAUCCAGCAGUAAAUUAGCAGAAGGAAAUGCAGUUCCUUCACCUCCCAAAGUCGCAUUACUUUUGAAUUAUCAGAAUUUCUGUGGGGCCUUGUAAUAACCCUUACAUAUCAUGGUUACCUCAGUGACCAGGCUUAGAACCCUUUCUUCUGACCCCAAGGGGCAAUAUUGAUUUCGGCUACUGGCUGGAUAUCUAGGAUGCUCCUGUAGCCACUUGCAGAUUACAGGGAAACAAUCCUUCUGUUGUACCAAACCAAUAUCACACAGUUAAAUGGGACAGAUCACCAUGUAAGAAUUCCUGAGCUAGGCCAUGUGGCAAGGGGAACCUGUUGUAUUGGUAAAAGCCACUUAACAAAACCUGGAGCUAAGCUGUUAUCUUUGUGACCUGUUUCACUUCAAACAGUUGCUUUAACAUUUUAAAAGCACUUGAAAAUGGAAUUUGAUUUAGUGUUCGCAGGAUUCUAGUUAUAAAGCAGUUUCCAGUUCUGAAUGUAAAAUGAUUAAUGUAACUUAUAGAGUUGGUGUAGUAAAGUGUCAGUUUGGCUCAGUUAGCAGCAAUCUUGCCUCAGGAUCAGAAGGUUGCUGGGGUAUAAGCCCCACUCCAUUGAGCACCAGCACAUUAGCUACACAGAAAUCAGUAAUGCCAUCCUUCUCGUGGGACUUGAUCAAGUCAAGUGGAUGUUAAAGACCCUAAGGCAGUAUUUCACAAAGGGAGAUUUUCCACUACCUUGGCUAACAUUCCUCUUUCAAUACCAUCAAAGCAAUAUUAAUUGAUCAUCUAUUACUAUUUGUGGGACCUUGCUGCAGUCAAAUUGGCUGUACAUUUCCUUACGUAAGUUACUCCACAGCAACUCAUUGAAAAUGAGUUUGAGAAGCUUUACAAAUGCAAUCGUUUAAUUUUAAUAGACUUUUUAUCUCUAAACUACAGGACAGUUUUGAGUUGAGAAUCUCAUUUGGGCUGUCCUGUCUUAGAGCUUCUUAUCUUUUUGAGCUCUCUUUCUGUAACAUUUUUGUUGGAGAGUUAAGAACUUUUGGCUUCUGAUGUGAAGCUGCUGAGCUGUUCGCUUCAUAACCACUGAUUUUACAUAGUACCAAUUGAUUAUUGAUUAGUAAAUACAGUAGGAUUUUGGUUUGCUCUCAGGGACUGUAUUCUACUCAGUCUCCAUUAUAUUUACAGGGAGUACAAACUCAGAGCUUGUGCUACUGCACAGAUGGGUUUACUUCCAUCGGAACACAGAGAGAACGACAGGUACAACUUUGAGCUGUCUCCAUUCACCAGCAUAUGUCUCAGUACACUGAUGGAAACAUUACUAUCUGAUGCUGAGACCUAACAUGCAGCACUAAAGUACAGGUGUUUACUAUUUCACUCAAGAUUGAAUCACACACAGCAUAUCUCGCAAUAAGAAAACUUCACUUCUUUGUUCUAAACUUCAAAUUUUCAUUUAAAUAAUUCUCUUAAUAUAAUUAUUUUCUGGGCUCACCUUGUAAUUUUAUCUGGGCAGAAUUGUGCCAAACACUUUCAGUAGUGUCACACUUUUAACAAUGUAUGGAAAAUGUCACUGCACGUGGUGAGUUUGCUACUCCACUCCAGUUUACAUAAUUGUACAGCUGGGAGAUGAGAUUAACAAAGUAGAUAUGUAGAGAGAGGAAGGCACAAUCAAUGUUUCAAGUCGAUUAAUUCACGUCAGAAUUUGUUCUGAUGAAAGGCCAUCGAAUUGAAACAUUGACCCUACCUCCCUCUUGCCACAGAUGCUGUGUUUUCAGCAUUUUCUAUUUUACUUCAGAUUUUCAGCAUCCGUGGUAUUUUGUUUUACAGUAGGUAGCUCAGUUGAAGAGUUCACACCAUCACAGAUACUUUCUUGCGCAGUAAUUUCAGUGACUCCCAAGGGGUACUAAGGCUGCUACGACUCUGUAGAGAUAGGUGAUUUUUUCUUUCAAACUGAGGUUUGGGACUGGAACCCAGUGUUUCAUCACCUCAUACCUACAGCUCAUACCUAAAGCUCAUUCUUUGAAAAGUAAGAUUCAGAUGGACGAAGAUUUAAUUAGGCAGUGUGACCCAAUAUUGUUAUCAAAGUUAAAAAUGACAUAAUCAGCGAAUGGACAAUUUCACACUGAAUUCUGCUGUAUGUUAGUAAGUUAAAUGGGUUCAGAGGACUGUUCCAGGCUCUACCCUUACACCUACUUUAUUUGGUUUUGCUGUGGUACAAUGAACAUUCCUCCCUGGGCCAGUCUGCAUCUACUUGUGUUCCCUUCUCUACAUAAAAUGGCCUGUGAGCUGGAAUCUUGUACCGCUACAAAAAGACAAUUUUUUACAUGCUGCUACUAACAUUUAUUAUUUAAUGUUUUGCUAGAUAAAGAUUCUGUUUAACUUAAUGUGACCAACAGAAAGAAGUGAGCAUUGGAUUAGGCUUGUUCAAUUGAAGCAUAACACAGUGUUAGUUUUAUAAAAAAAUUAUUUUCCUGUGUAAUAUCUCUGCUGCCUUUCAUUUCCAUGAAGGAGUUUUUUUGUAUGGAAUAGUAUUUAUUUUAAUAGCACUGAAUUCUACUUCAAAGUCCAGCCAAGUUAUCAUUUUUAACAAAACUGCUGACAAUAAAAUUGUGUUUUUAAAGUA